AUGUCUGACCCUGGAAUGGGCCCGACGGAUGAUUUGUCGGGGACAGUCAUUGCCUGUGCGAUCGUCAGCUUGGUGGUUUCUGGCAUCGUGCUAGGCCUGCGCUUCUAUUCGAGGGGGGUCAUUACGAGAGUUCUUGGUCGCGAGGAUUGGUGCAUUCUCAUAGCAUGGAUUCUAGCGAUUGGGUAUACAGUAGCGGUCAUCUUUGGUAGGGGCCCGGCCACCCUCUGUCGUGUUCAGUCUACUGACUCUCAGCUAGAGUGCAAGGCCGCCAUUGGCCGUCAUGUGUGGCAGCUUGAGGAAGACUCUAUGCCUAAAUAUUUAAAGGCGUCAUACGUCAACGUAAUAUUCUACCAGCUCAGUCUUGCCUUCUCUAAAAUCUCCAUUCUCUUCCUCUAUAUACGCGUCCUCACAUACGACUAUGCUCGUCGCGCUGCUUACGUCGUCCUCGCCAUCGUCAUCAUCUAUAAUACUCUCGGUUUCAUCUCCACCAUGACCUUGUGUCGACCCUUACGCGCAUUCUGGGACGACACCGUCGAGGGGAAAUGCCAUCCGGUAUCGUUCAUGUGGGCCGCCAUUGGACUACACAUUGCCACCGACUUCCUUAUAUUCUUGAUACCCAUGCCAGUCAUCUCGAGGAUGACCCUCCCUCUUGCCCAGAAGCUUGGUCUCUUGCUAGUUUUCGCCCUGGGAUUCUUAGUCUGCGUCAUUUCCAUCCUUCGGGCCGUCUGGAUCAAAGCCCUCGUCGAUUCUCAAGACCUCACAUACGAUUACACCGCCAUAAACAACUGGACCUCCAUCGAGGUCAACUUACCCAUCCUCAUCCCAUGCCUCAUCGUCAUCAAACCCUUGAUCAACAAAUUUUGGCCCAGCACAUUCUUGAGCCAUCGCCGCACGCGUGAGAAUCGCGUGUACAAUCUCGGCGAAAUUCCCUUGUCGGUCGGUUCGAAGCCGUCGCGCUCAAAUAGACAGUCUGACAAAGGAGAGGAUGGCGAAUAUCAGACGUUGCCGUCCGCCAAGUCUUCCAUUUUGACGGAGCACCGAGGUCUCGAGGAGACUCGACGACAACAUACUCUUAUGGCACCAUCCGGAAUUCAGACGCUGGUCCGCGUAACUGGACGACAUGAGCUCCAGUGCACAGACACCACGAUAUUGACAGACCUAGAGAUACCGUUCAGGCUUGGGCCUCUCGAUCACCUCGUGUUCCGUAGUGUACCCAUCCAAGUGGUGUUCGUCUACGAAAGGCCGACAUGCGGAUACGACGCCGAGCUAAUCCCCGUCCACCGCCUGAAGCAGGCCCUUUGUCGCCUUCUCGACUAUUACCCUCAUCUGACGGGACGCUUAAAUUUUGACCCAGACACAAACGCCCCCGAGAUCACGGCUUUGGGAACAGGGGCAGAGCUUCUAGAAGGCCAAUGCAGUCAACGCUUGGACGACAUUGCCGCCCGCAGUGCAUCUGGGCGGAUCUUGGUUACAAACUUGCCUGAUCAUGGAGAUGGUCUGCUCGCACCUUUCGACCCAUCCCCGGAAGGUGUCUGCCGUGACCCUAUUCUCCACGUUCAACAUACGCGAUUCGCAUGCGGGAGGGUCUCACUGGGAGUGAGAUUGCAUCACAUCGUCUGCGAUGCCCAGGGGUUCUUCAAUCUAGUCAAUGACCUGGCCGAAAUAUACCAAGGUCUUGGAACCACCCCGCAACCAAUUCUUACCCAACCGCCCAAUAUUCGAUCGUAUCUCCGGCAGCAACUUUCUUCAGACGAGCAGCAGGCUGCUUUGCAGUACAAGCCAUCCAUAUACAUGACUGAGGAUGACCCGAGACUCAAGGAGCUUGCAGCGUCCGCGAGUCUUGCGGAUACAGUCCCCGACGCAGGUUUCAAGAUCGACGGGCGCGUUUUGCGUUUUACCGGCCGCGAUCUGGCGGCCCUUAAAGAACAGGGAACUGAUUCUAGUGGCAAUGGAUGGGUUUCAUCCACCGAGGCGCUUUCCGCGUUCCUUUGCCAGCGCGUCUACCAAGCUCGGCUACAGUUCCUGACGUCCCGAAAGAUGCAAGCCGAGGAGGCUGCGCCACAGCAGCUUAACCCCGGGUUUUUCAUUUCCAUCGACAUGCGUCCCCCCCAUCGCCUGAACAUGCCGCCCCAAUACUUCCCCAACUGCAUCUACGCUCCGUAUACGAACUCCCUGCACCCGACUCUUUCGGACUGCCCAUUAUGGAAAGCGGCGAGUUCUGCCCACCAUAUGAUCAGGUCCGUGGAUCCCGAGACGAUGGAGAAGACUAUACGAUGGGUUGCGGCUCAACCGGACAAGGGGCGAAUCAGGAUAGGUUUCGUAUUUGGCAAAGGCAGCUUCACGGUCAGUCAGUGGAACAAAAUGAACAUGUACAAGGGAAAUGCCUUCGACGUGAUGGACAGUGGAGCUGGUAUUCUUCCAAGCCUCGUGUCUCCCCCGUUUACACAAAUCUCCCUCGUUGACGGACUCGGUAUGCUCUUGGCGACUGAGGAACAGGUCGGCCCUGGUUCUCGAGAUGGUCCCUCCGUGGACGUGAACCUUUCUAUGAUCCAACCGUUGUGGGAGAUCUUGGAUAAAGACGUAGAUUUCAGGAAAUAUUAUUGUUAG